AUGGACGGCAGCAACGUGGUGGCCAUGGAGGAUCCUGCUAACCCUCCUGGCACGUACGAUCUCGAAGGGACGUCUGCUGCGAACGCUGCAUCGUGGAUCGUCGGAUCGCCGUCAAUCUCGAGUGCUGGCGGCAAGGUCACGAUGAAGUUUACCAAGAACAAGGGGGAUGGUGCAUCUGUGAAGGUGAAUGCUAAUGGCAACAACAAUAUUGUGUGGGCGUAUGGCGAUGGCACUGCUGUUUCCACACAUACCAACCGCGGAAAUGUGGUUGUGAAUUUUGCAUCUCUGAGCUCCCCCACUCAGCCUCAACCCGUGCCACGCUUGCAACGAUCGCCGUGCGACGUCGGCGACCAUCGUCCAGGUCGCUGCGACUUCAUUGCGACGACCAUCAUGGUUGUGUUUGUCUUGUCGCCGCCGCGACAGCGCCUCGCCCUCCAACAAGCGCCGCUCUCGGCGCUCAUGCUGCUCCUCGCGAGCCUCUUCGCGGCGCACCUCGCGCCUCGCGCGGCGGCUGAACGGCCCUUUCCCGGACCCCCCGCUGUAUUCACAUCUGCUGACUCGCUGAGCUCCUCCCCGGCGCCCGUUACAGGCACGCCGUCGUUUGUCACGCACGUGCGGCGACAGCUACUGUUCGAACGGUACAGCUGCGGCCGCUCGCCGCUCAAGGGAUACACGUCAUCGAAGCGACUCGCCUCUGGCCUCGUUCUCCACUGGAAGGCCACGAGCGGGCGCAAGAUCAAAGUCGCUGUGGUGGCCUCGGGGGCGGCUUUGGGGGGGUGGUUCGCAGUGGGGUGGUCACCCAAGGGGCGCAUGGACGGCAGCAACGUGGUUACAUUGGAGAAUUUCAACAGUACUAUUGGCACGUACGACCUCCAAGGGACAUCCGCUGCGAACAUUGCGUGGUGGUAUAUCGACUCGCCGACAAUCUCGGUUGUUGGCAGCCAGGUCACACUGGAGUUUACCAAGAACAAGGGGGAUGGUGCAUCUGUGAAGGUGAAUGCUAAUGGCAACAACAAUAUUGUGUGGGCGUAUGGCGAUGGCACUGCAGUUUCCACACAUACCAACCGUGGGAAUGCGGUUGUAAAUUUUGCAUGCCACCCACCUGCGGUCCGCCUGGCAGCGAACUGUGGUCGGUCAUUUGGCGACAAGAUGGUUCUGGAACUUCAAUGUAACUUUGCUCUCAUCGCGAUCGCGUAA